UCAAAUAAAGUCUAAUGUUACAACUAAUCGGGGAUCCCUUUAAAAUAGUUCAGACGAACUGCAGUUUAGCUCGCCCAGCUGCCCACAGCUUCAAACCAUGAUGCUCUGGUAUGAAAACAGCUGUCCCCUCUCGUGACGUAGCAGCGACGUGCCUCAACCGGCCCGUCAUCCUGCGGGGGGCAUUUAAUUUUUAAAGGUCCGAUUCGGACAGCUGGGUAUGUUCAUACUGCCCGGGCGUGUGUUUGUAGCACACAGGCUGCCUUUAACUAAACCCACUCAGUCAGGAUGAGAGAAUAAAUAUCUCCAAUUCAAUUCACCUUUAAUUCAACAGGAACAGUUUUACUGAAGAGCAGAGGGUCUGGAAGAAUCAUGGGGGCUUUUAUAGCCAAGAUGCUGCUUCCGACUGUCAGCAGCCUGGUGUUCCUGCCCACAGCCAGCGUGGCCGCCAAGAGGGGCUUCCACAUGGAGGCCAUGGUCUACUUCUUCACCAUGUUCUUCACCGCGAUCUUCCAUGCAUGUGACGGUCCGGGCCUGUCCAUACUGUGCUUCAUGAGGUAUGACGUUCUGGAGUACUUCACUGUUUAUGGGACGGCGCUGUCAAUGUGGGUCACACUGAUAGCUCUGGGAGAUUUUGAUGAACCACAGCGGUCCAGUAUGACAAUGUUCGGAGUGCUGACCAUCGCUGUUCGGAUCUACCAGGACCGCUGGGGCUACGGAGUCUACUCUGGACCAAUAGGAUCCGCCGUCUUCAUCAUCACGAUUAAAUGGCUGCAGAAGAUGAAACAGCUGAAAGCGGUUUACCCUGAGAAGACGGUGUACACGCAGCAGGUCGGUCCGGGCUGCUGCUUCGGCGCUCUCGCUCUGAUGCUCCGUUUCUACUUCGAGGAGUGGGACUACGCCUAUGUCCACAGCUUCUACCAUCUGUCCCUGGCGGUUUCCUUUGUGCUGCUGCUGCCCAAGAAGAACCGCUACGGAGGGACGGGACAAAACGCUGCGAAGCUCAGCUGCUUAACUCUCUGCUGUUGUUCCAUGACUCCGGCUACGUCUAAGGAGAAGAAGGAGAAAGCGAAGAAGAAGUCGUCUCGGUCGGUGUGGACAGUGCCCACCAAGAGGCCAUGGGCGCAAGAGGCUAACUGCCCCACCCUGCCCCUGUACAGCCCCCCACCCUCCACACCUGUCAAAGGCACCAGCAUCAGCAAACUCAAAGAGAUGAACGGCUGGAAGUGAGCCCGCACACACAAACAAAUAAAAAACAAAAGCUGGAAACUCACCAAACAACUGCCAGCCAACUGCUGAUAAACAUGCACGUGGCUGGUAAGUGAAUCUCCUUCUACAGGAAACCAACAAACACGUGGACGUUCCUUUCCACCUCCAAAACCUCCUCUUUGGCUGCUGGAAUAUCUAACCUGAGGAAUUCUCCAGCCACCGAAAGCCAAAAGAUAAAUAAACAAACGUGACCCGACGUUAAAAAUCUACAGGGAAGAUGGAGGCGGCGGACCAGGCCUCGGGUCAGAACCCGAGGACGGAGCGGGAACACACACACAGCACGAACACGGAGACGGCGGCUGAGACAAGCCAGUAAAACUGACUGGAAGAUUUACGGGAAGAGCAAACCGGCAUAUGGUUUAUCUCUCCAAAAUAUAUAAAUUGUCUUUAGAGAUGUUUCUCAGGGGAAAAUGUUCAUCUGCUCGCUUCUUUCUGUCAUUUCUUCCUUCGCUUUUUUUAAUCUCUCAGAGAAAGGAACCACGCGUCUCGUAAGAAUUAUUAGACAGUAAAGCCCAGUUCAACAUUUUAUACGUGCUCAAAGUGCCAGAUAUGUCAUGUGGAGCUUCAGACGCUGGGCGAGGAGAAGGAGCUGCCCAGACAUCAGUCUGUCUGAGGCGGCUGAGCAGGUGGACUUCUGCUGUGAUUUCUGUUCCUAUUUGCUCUGUUCAGACUGUGUGAUGUUAGAACUCAUUGCAGCAUGAAUUGUUUGCAUUUUCUUUUUGAUAAUUUAAUAAGAAAUGUUGCUGAUCGUGUCUUUAUAGUCUUUAGAGCAGGGCCAUUCAACUAAAUUUCUCCGGGGGCCACAGUUACUGCAGGGGCCAAACAUCCAGCAAUU